CCCCCACACACGCAUAGGCUUGCACAUUCUAUGAGCAGACCAAACGCUCAAUACAGACCCAGUUUUGGGCACGCUCUCUCUCACACACACACACUACACUUGCCCACACACACAUACACUUACCGGCAUUCACACUUACUGAUUCAUUCAUCAACUGUUUUUGACCGCAAGCCAGAAACACACAGGUACACCGAGAGAGCAAGAGAGAGAGAGAGAAAGAGAGAGAGAGAGAGCAAGAGAGAGAGAGAAAGAGAGAGAGAGAGUACAUGCGGCAAACAGAAAGCAAGCUGAAGAGGAAACUACGAGGGCAAACUUCAGAUGGACUGACACGGGAAAAAGAGAGAGAGAGAGAGAGAGACGUACAACCCGAGUGAGAGGCAAGACUUCACCGUGAGGAAUAAAUUCACUUCUUGCUCUACAUUCAGGCGCUGUUUGGAAAAGGCUGAAAGGAGAGGAAGCCGUUGUCUGGUCGAGUGUGUGUAUGUGUGUGAACGUGUACGUCUGUGUGUGUGUAUACAUAUAGUCCCUUUACGCACCACACUCACCUCUCUGUCACCAUGCUGUGGACACUUGUCUUGGCCAUCAUUCUGGUCCUGGUUCUCCAAGCCCAGCUGUGCGUUUGCUGGCGGGAGCUGAGAUCUGUCACAUCCUCCCCACGCCCACUGUCCAACCUCACCCAGCGUCUCCCCGGCGCCAUCAUCAUCGGCGUGAGGAAGGGCGGAACGAGAGCCCUCCUCGAAAUGCUCAACCUCCACCCGGAGGUGGAGGUGGCCCGGGCGGAGGUCCAUUACUUCAACCUGGAUGAGAAUUACCGCCGCGGUAUCGACUGGUACCGUGCCCAGAUGCCCCUCUCCCGGCCCGGCCAGGUAACAGUGGAGAAGACCCCUGGCUAUUUCACUGCCCCGCUGGCGCCAUCUCGGAUUUGGGAGAUGAACCCGGCGGUCCGGCUGCUCCUGAUAGUGCGGGAUCCGGCGGAACGUUUGGUUUCUGACUACACCCAGGUGCUCUACAACCGUCUGGCCCAGGGAAAGUCCUACCAACCCCUGGAGGAGCUGCUGCUGAGCGGGGAUCGCAUCAACCCAAACUACAAGGCCCUCCAGCGAAGCCUGUACCACCAGCACCUAGCCCGGUGGCUGGCUCUGUUCCCUCGGGACCAGAUCCACGUGGUGGACGGGGAGGCGCUGAUCCGAGACCCGUUCCCCGAGCUGAAAAAAGCCGAGCGGUUCCUGGAGCUGCCUCCGCGGAUCGAGCCGUCCAACUUCUACUUCAAUGCCACCAAAGGCUUCUACUGCCUGCUCUCCGCUGGACACGACAAGUGUCUGGACGAAUCAAAGGGGCGACCUCACGCCCCCCUCAGUUCCGGGGCGUUUCGUAAACUUUGCCGCUACCUCAGGGAGCCAAACCGCCUCUUUUUCAGCAUGGUGGGCAGGACUUUUGACUGGUGCUGAGCACUCACGACACACACACCCCCCUCCCUCAAAAGAAAAGAACUGACUCACAAUCAGGGCCUGUGUGUCUCAGGGAUGCUGGCGCUCCUGUUAGGGAGAGACUCGUCCCAAAUUUUGGAGGGACUGAUUUCAGUUUGGGAGAGACCCGUUCCUGCCAAGUUAAGGACCGUCCGCUGAAUCAGGGUUCCAGGCUUGGUGCGCCCACGUCAGGAAACCUCUGUGACAGUGCCCACGAUUAACGUAGCUGACGAGAACCAGUUUUCUAUGCAUAUGUUCUUACCAGAGGCUGUCCGACUGGUCUUAGAUAUUGUGAAUAGCUAUUUUUUUCUGAUACUGUAGAAUGUUUAAAGAUGGCUGUAACAGGUUAUCCUGAUUGUGCAGAGAAACUUUUAUGACAGAGUUCAGUAGAAAAAAAAAACCCAGUAGUUUAAUAGACAUGGGAGGGAAAUCUCUGUUUCAUCAAAUCAACUAAAGACAUCAUGAACGGCAGCAAGAAUCAAUGGAAAAAGACGAAUUCAGAUUUGAAAGCCAUUCAGGAUGCAUUCUAAGGAUAUCUGUGUAAUUUUACCUGGUUAUCAUCAGCAUGUUAAGAUGAAUCUGGUUUCGGUCAGUCUGUCAGCAGCCGCUAAUACACCACAUUGUUAGGUUUUAACGGUGUAAAACGUAGGAAUGUGUUAAAUCUGGUUGAGUAGUUAGAUACUUGUGUUCGAUAUUCUUAGUGCUGAUCUGUUUUCGACUCUUCCUUUUUUAUUUUGACUAGAAAAAUCUAUUUUAAAUGGUCUCUUAACAAAGACAUUUUUGCCUAAA